AUGCAGUUACAGCUCACCAAUCGCAUCGCGCGAGCAUCACGCGGAAUCCUCGCCCGCCCUCUACACCCCAGGCUCGCCAAGAGAUGCUUCGCAACAACCUCGGACGCUCCCGUCGUGGCGAAUACGACGAGGAGCCACAGAGUCGUCGUAGUCGGUGGCGGCUCGGCCGGCUCCAACGUGAGCCACCAGCUGCUUCGCUCCGGCAAGUACAACAAGCCAGGCGACAUUGCCGUCGUCGACCCGGCCGAGUGGCACCACUACCAGCCCGGCUGGACGCUCGUGGGCGGCGGCCUGGCGCGCAAGGACGACUUUCGGCUGCGGCUGGCCGACAUUCACGACGCCAAGCUCCGCCUGUACCGGAACCGCGUGGCCGCGUUUGCGCCGCGCGAUAACCGCAUCGUGCUGGAGAAUGGCGACGCGCUCGAGUACGGCCAGCUGGUCGUCUGUCCGGGCAUCAGCACAAACUACGGCCAGAUCAAGGGGUUGCCGGAAGCGCUGGCGGACCCGGGCGCCCGCGUGUCGUCGAUUUACAGCUACGAACACUGCGACAAGGUGUUUCCCGAGAUUGAGCGCCUCCGCGGCGGCAGAGCCAUCUUUACGCAGCCGCUGGGGAUUAUUAAGUGCGCGGGCGCUCCGCAAAAGGCCAUGUGGCUCGCGCUCGACUACUGGAAAAAGGCUGGCCUUUUGCAUUAUUCCUCAUCGUCGUCGUCGUCCCCCAUCCGCAUCUCCUUUGCCACGGGCCUGCCCGGCAUGUUUGGCGUGCCCAAGUACAGCGCCAAGCUGGCCGAGCUCGCGCAGGAGCGCGGCGUCGAGCCGCUCUUCCAGCACGACCUGGUCGAGGUCGACACAAGCAGCGGCGGCGGCGGCGGCGGCCAGGCCACGUUUGCCCUCCCCGACGGGUCGCGCACGACCAAAUCCUUUGACUUUUUGCACGCCUCCCCCAAGAUGGGCCCUCACGAGUUCGUCGCGCGCAGCCCGCUAGCCGACGCCGCGGGCCUCGUGUCGGUCGACUCCGCGACGCUGCGGCACACGACCUACGACAAUGUGUGGGCGCUCGGCGACGCGACCAGCCUGCCGACGUCCAAGACGGCGGCGGCGAUUACGGCGCAGGCGCCCGUGCUGGUCGCGAACCUGCUCGGCGCGGAAGAGGGCCGGGAGCCGCAGGCGACGUAUGACGGGUACACGUCGUGCCCGCUCAUUACCGAGUACGGCAAGGUGCUGCUGGCAGAGUUCAAGUACGGGCCGGAGCCGAAAGAGACGUUUGGCAGGCUGCUGGGCGUGGAUCAGGUCGAGCCACGCAGGGCGUUUUACCAUUUGAAAAAGGAUUUUUUUCCCUGGGUAUAUCGAAAAUUCAUGGUAAAGGGCACCUGGGCCGGGCCCAAGGGGUUUAUUCGAUAA